GAGGUGGUCUUGUGCCGUGUUUUGUCUCCGAAGAAGAUAGAUACACAUAAUCAUACAUACAGACUUUUAGAGAGAGAGAGACAGCGAGAUUGAGAGAGAGAGAGAGGGAGGGAGGGAGCUCUGGAGUCGUCUGCCGUUGCCUUCCCCGUGGCGACUUUAGGUUAUGCCGUGUAAACCGGAGGUUGGCCCAGAUUUCUAUUUGAAAUAUUUGUUCUCCAAGAAAUGGAAAAAAUAUGCCUCUGGUCAGACUGCUUCCAGAAUCGGUUUCUUUUAUAUCAAGAAGUUCUUGAUUUGCGUUAUCUUAUCCUUGGAGAGUUUGUUCUUGUUAACUGUACUUAGUGGUCAACUUUUAUAUGAUAAGUACGGGAGCCGUGAUGCAAUUUUUUCCUGAGAUAGGUGUUAAAUCUUUAGCUCACAUCUACAAGUAAGUUUUAUAUCCAUGCCCUUCAGAAAGCACGAUUUCCUUCUAUCAUCAUGCUAAUUAUUCUGAAGUUAUUGUCAAUUAGUGCUGUGCUGAUUAGACGUUCAUUGAAGAUCUGUCAGAAACGUCUUCUGGGCUGAAGUUAAAAGUACAUAGUUAAAUUUGUGGACUUGGUUAAUUAUUAGAGAAGCGUGUUGCGGUGAAUCUAUAUCUAGCAAUUCCUUAUCCUUUCUCUCAAGUUACCUCUUACAGUGAUGAAGCAUUGUUGAGAGGAGUUUCAGAAUCAGAUUGAGCAUAUAUUGAGUUUGUUGUUAAAAGUCUCUGAAGGAUUUCCGCGUCUAUGUUCUAAUCUAGGAUUCCAAGCUACUGUCUGGGACUAUAGGAUUCUUUCAACUGCUGUCAAGAUGCUCUACAGUUCUAGACUCUUUCCUGUUUUUGUUCUUGAUCACUCUUAAUAAGUCUUCGCCAUGCUUAAUACUGUGAAUAGGGCUCUGAUGCCUUUCUGUCAAAAGUGUUCUGGUUCUAUGCUCAUGUCUGUUCCAGGACAAAAUUAUUAGUUUAUUCAGCUACAGAAGUCCGGCUGUCAGUUUUACUUUGUAGUUUCUUUAUAUUCAUCUACUAGAGAUAAAUACCCUGCAUUGUUAAGUCCCCUUCUUUCGACUAUAAAUAAUAAGGAGUUGCAAUACAUUUUUCCAAAUAAGGAGUUACAAACCGUUGAAGUUGAAAUAAUGGAAAGGUACAAGCUAAUCAAGGAAGUUGGUAAUGGAACUUUUGGAAGUGUCUGGCGAGCUUUGAACAAGCAGACUGGUGAAGUCGUUGCAAUAAAAAAAAUGAAGAGGAAAUACUACUCAUGGGAAGAAUGUAUAAAUUUGAGAGAAGUUAAGGUAACUUGUUUAAGAUCUUUCUUUCUCUCGGUUUACCUCUGUAAUCGAAGUAACACUGUAAUAUCUUUUUGGCAGUCUUUGCGCAAAAUGAACCAUGCUAAUAUUGUAAAGCUGAAGGAAGUUAUUAGGGAGAAUGACAACUUGUACUUUGUCUUUGAAUACAUGGAAUGCAACCUAUACCAACUUAUGAAAGACAGGGGAAAGCUAUUCUCAGAAGCCGAAGUAAGAAAUUGGUGUUUCCAAGUAUUUCAAGGGCUUUCAUACAUGCAGCAACGUGGAUAUUUUCAUCGUGAUCUUAAACCAGAAAACUUAUUAGUGUCAAAGCAUAUAAUAAAAAUUGCUGAUUUUGGUCUUGCUCGAGAGAUCAAUUCCUCGCCACCAUAUACGGAGUAUGUGUCUACACGAUGGUAUAGGGCACCUGAAGUCUUGCUUCAGGCAACAACAUAUGGUUCUUCCGUUGAUAUGUGGGCAAUGGGCGCUAUCAUGGCUGAACUGUUGACUCUACGCCCCCUUUUCCCGGGUUCAAGUGAAACAGAUGAAAUCUACAAAAUCUGCAGUGUAAUAGGCAGCCCUACGGAAAUUAAAUGGGCGGAAGGGCUUAAAUUGGCAAAUGCCAUCAACUAUCAGUUUCCGCAGCUCAGAGGUGUUCCCCUCUCUACAUUGAUACCAUCUGCAAGCAAAGAUGCAAUUAACCUUAUUACAAUGCUUUGUUCCUGGGAUCCUUGCAAGAGGCCAACAGCCUUGGAAGUUCUUCAGCAUCCUUUCUUCCAGAGUUGCUAUUAUGUUCCUCCAUCACUUCGUCCAAAAGCUGCCGCCAUAAGGACUCCUCCUGCUGGAACUAGAGGAUCUUUGGAGCCGAGAAGUGUGAAGAGGUAUUCUGGGCCCACGACAACUUUGAAGCCUCCUGGUGCUCUUUCUCCACAAAAAGCUCAAUCAAUUUCAAACCCAGGAGUGCAGCGGAAGUUGGAUAUCAGUCAACAGGAUGCAACCAAGAGUGACAAGAUAUUGAGAAAUCCUGCUGUGAAACAACCAAGAAACAGACCAUCUGUGAGGAAUAGUACAACAAAAAUCCACACUGGAAAAGUACAUGGACUUGCUGAUACUGCUGAGAAGUUGGCGAAUAUGACAAUUGGUUCAAGCAAACAGCCUGGAAGGCAAACCAUGCAUCCUCCCCCUAUGAGGGCUGGAGGAUGGACUGGUCACUCUGACAUGUUUCUUGGACGACCUCAAGAGGUUCAUCCCGGCAGGACGUACACCAGAAAGGUUGCCUGAGGAAUAGUAUGGAGUAUAUGAAAGUGGUCUUAAUGGGUGAACUAUUAUGCCGUUAUGUUUGCUGUAAUUUCCAAUGCUACAUUUGUGAUUCCGGAACUCAACUGUGCAACUGGGGAAAAUAUUUUUUCUUUUUUAUUUCUAAGUUUCUCUGACAGGGAUAUGAAAAUAAUAAUAAAUUAAAUAAAAUGAACCAUGAUUGCAAUGGUAUAGAAGCUUCCUUGCUAUA